UUUCAAGGAUCAACUACUGAACCAGAAGCUGUUCAUCUGGGUUCUGGAUUUCUCAUAUGUUGCUUGCUUUAGCAAAUAAGAACCCGUGAAAAAGGAUUAGUUUCUGGUCUGUUACCUUGAUCAGUAGAUAUUAUUGCUCCAUCUAGGGUUUCAGUGAGGAGUAAAUUUAUUUUUCUAGCCCUUAUUUUCUGGAGAAUCUCUUAGAAAUGGCGAGGGGGAAGGUUCAAAUGAAAAGGAUAGAGAAUACAACCCGUCGUCAAGUAACAUUUUCAAAGCGUAGAAACGGGCUUCUAAAGAAAGCCUAUGAGCUAUCUGUUCUUUGUGACGCCCAAGUGGCUGUGAUCAUCUUUUCACAAAGAGGCAGACUCUAUGAGUUCUCAAGUUCUGACAUCAGAAAGACGUUGGAACGGUACUUGAAAUACACCAAAGGCGAUCAAGUAGUGGCCGACAAGUUUGAAGAUGAACAAUGCAGCCAGCAAAUGAAGCUUGAAUCUGCAGUCAUGGCCAAGAAGAUUGAGCAUCUUCAACUUUGUCAAAGGAAACUAAUGGGACAAGAGUUGAGUUCAUGUUCAAUUGAAGAACUGCAAGAAAUGGAGAAUCAGCUUAUCACAAGUUUGCAAAACGUGAGGCUUAGAAAAGUACUGCUAUUGCAACAGCAAAUUCAGCAACUACAGCACGAGGAAAUAGAGUUGGUCCAAGAGAACGCCAGCUUAAGUAAAUUGUGUGGAAGUGGAAGAACACAGUGCCAGCAGCAAUGGGCUAAGCACAAAGAAGCAGAAGUGGAAACUGAAUUAUGUAUUGGACUCCCACAAAAUCGAUGUUCGUAGUCAUAAAUCCCAUGUUGCUGUGUGUCUGUCAGAGAGGGUGAUUCUCUUUGCUUAAUUUCAUGCUGUAAAAUCUGUCUGCUCUCUAGUCUUCAUUCUAAGCUCGAUAUUCUAUUCUCAAUCCGGCUUAUGUUUUCAUUCCCAACAUUUGUCUGUGUCUGAAGUGAAAUAAACGAGGAAGUAAAAAAUAAGAUUGUUGUCUAUAUUAAGAGAAGAGAUACGGAAUGAUGUCGUUUUUAGUGUAAAGGGACCAAAUUUGUUUGUCCAAGUGUAAUUUUAUAGCACUCACCUACCAGUACCAUAUCAUAUAUCGAUCUCCAUCUAUCUUUUUUGAAAUUCAAA